AUGCCUGGAGCUUCCUAUCUCUCUGGUCUCCUUCUGCCUGCAGCCACCGAAGCUUGGGACAUCAUUUCGGCCGAGAUUUUCUUCUUGGUUUCAGAAUACGUUCCUGCGCUGCCUCCCCAAGAUGCACUUCCUCCCGGUCCGUUUGCACCUUGUGCUCACCUGAAGGCGCUGACGAAGCUCGUUUUUAAAGACAGUGAAGCCUGGACGUGUGCCUUCUUUGGAGCAGCUGAAGAGAGCCGAAUGACAACGCCUCUUGCGUGUGCAUCUUACCUGCCUUCGGCCUCGCUGGGAUCGCCGCCGAGAGAAGACCUUGAGCCCCGCCACUGCUGCCCUUCGGAGUUGCCGCAGACCAGCGAAGAACAAGAGCCGCCGCAGCCAGCACCCGGCGGAUUCAGCGUCCUUUCCUCGUUCUUAACCUGUUUCUCACUCGUGAAGCAGGUGGUCGCCGCAAAGCUCAGAGAGGCGCGAACUCGCGCGUGCGCCCGAGCCGCUGCGCUCUUCGCGGAGUUCGUCGACAAUCCCACUGCGGCAGACCACGGCGAGACGCUUCUCCACGGCAUGCCGCGACUUGCCCGCACAGUACAACAAGUUUUGGAGGCGACUCCGGUCUCACCCGCCAUCGGGAGACUCUUGGAAGAGCUGCACCUUUCGUGGGGAAGCUGGCUGUCGGGGAGAAACGAAACAGCUACUCAAGACGAGGCCUCCGCGCCGGCAGAACGCAGAGCAGAGGGAGCCAGGCAGGGAGAGUGCAGACAACACACAGGAGACACCCGUGAGGUUGAGGAGGCCUGCUCUGAGCAGGGAUCGACGAUGCGAGAGAGGCUCCCAGAGACCUACGAGCGAGCGCAGGUGAUGCCCUUUUCGCAGGAAUUUUUGGCGCUGGAAGCAUGA